ACCGCUACAGAUUAAAUAUUUUGAUGCAGUCAGUGUUUCUUUUCCUUCGAAAGGGUUGCUGGGAUUCUAACUAAAGGGAGAGAGACUGAGUGAGUGAGAGAGAGAGAGAAAGAGAGAGGCAACGUGCGUGUUAGUUAGAGAUAGAUAGAUAGAUGAAUAGAGAGGGAGGGAGGGAGAGAUGCGUGUACUAUUUUCUACGACUGUAAACAGGUCAUCGAACGAAAGUUACAUGAAAUUAAUUAAAUAAUAUUAAUAAUGAAAGAAAAUACGAUCUACCGGCGAGAAAUGUUUUUAUUUUAUUUUUGUUUUUAGAAGAAAUGAAUGAGAAGAUGUGAAUCACGCAAGAGGACAAUCAAGUAAACAGAAAUUAAUGUUCAUUAGAGAGAUGAUAGAUUUUUUAAAAUUAAUAUACAGAAAAAAACAAAGGAAACUGUAUACAAAAUGUGUGUGAUUCUCAUGUAGUUGAAAGACAAAAUAAAAAGGGAUAUAAUUAGCGAGGGACGUGGAUGAAAUAGAGUGGGACAGAUAAAGCGUGGAGAAGAAGAAAAGGUAAAGAGAAAGUAUUAGAGAGGUAGAUUCGCUCUUCAGUGUUUAUUCUGUUGCGCCACUUAACAAUAGGUUUGCUUGAACUUUAGCUUCUGCUCGAUCGCCAGAAUAUUUGCCGUUUACAAUUAUCCGUAAUAUCUGACGACUGUUAUUUUUUGAUGCUGGAAUGAACAUAUUAUGGCUCGAGUCCAUUCAAACUACCCCCUUUUUUAAGGCAUGAAAAAUGGCUGAAUUCCUGUUAUUUGUAUAUAUGUUUGUUUUGGAAUUAACCAAUGGGAUUACGGCAAAUGUGGCAUGCAAAGCUUCUAAGACUUUUAGUGCUACUGGUGCUACUAGUGAUUUACUGCGAAUUUCUUCACUAUUAUAUAGUGCUUAUUUUUUGCACAUGGCCUGCUCUGGACAGUCAGUUCAAAGAUAUAUUUGUAACACAAAGUUCUCACAAACCUUUAAAAGCUAUGUUUAUAGCUGAUACACAUCUGCUUGGUAACAGGGAAGGUCACUGGUUUGACAAACUAAGGAGAGAAUGGCAAAUGCAGAGAUCCUUUCAAACCAGCUUGUCCAUCCAUAGUCCAGAUGUAGUUUUUGUUUUAGGAGAUUUAUUUGACGAAGGCAAAUGGAGUUCUGAUAAGGAAUUCCAGUAUCAUGUCGAUCGUUUUAAAAAGAUGUUUCAUCAUUCCAAAGAUAUAUCAUUCUAUGCUGUUGUUGGCAAUCAUGAUAUAGGUUUUCAUUAUGAUGUAACUAUUGAAAAACAUGAACGGUUUCAAAAGGCUUUUGAUGCUCCAUCAGUGAAAGUUUUACGUAUUCGUGAUUCAGUUUUUGUACUUCUUAACUCAAUGGCUAUGCAAAAUGAUGGCUGUACACUCUGCUCUGAUGCACUGCGGAAAAUUUAUAAAGUCUCGCAAACAUUAAAGUGUUGGCAGUUUCAGGGUUUUGAUCAAGUUGCAAAAGAGAAUUGCAAGAACAUAGAAAUUCUACCUUACUCUCGUCCAAUUAUUAUUCAGCAUUUCCCUAUGUACCGCCCAUCUGAUUUUAAUUGCACCACUCCCGAUGCUGCUCCUGAACCAUUAAAAUCAAUAUCAUUCCAAGAAAAUUUUGAUUGCUUAUCAAAGAGUUCCACUAAGCAAAUUUUUAAAUUGCUGAACCCUCGUUUGAUAAUGUCAGGACACACCCAUCAUGGCUGUUACAGAGUCCACAGUGACGGCACCCCAGAAUGGACAGUGGCAUCAUUUAGCUGGAGGAAUAAGAAAGCGCCUACAUUUCUUCUGGCUUUAAUCACCAGUGAUAAUUUUGCAGUUCACCAGUGUGCAAUUCCGAAAGAAACAACGAUAAUAUUUCUGUAUAUCUUGGGUGGUUUCUUUGCCUUGUUUUCUUUAUUCUUGCCACGGACUAGUAUAUGGCGGCCACUUAGCUGGACAUCUGUAAACAAGGACAGCUAAGUUCCAUAUUAGCAAUAAUAAUAAUAAUAAUAAUUAUAAUAAUAACAAUAAUAAUAUUAAUAAUAAUAAUAAUAAGUAAUUUAUAAUGAUAUGUAUUUAAUGAAGGUGAAUUAUUUGCAAGAUAAAAAUGUAAAAAAAAAAAUCUAUGAAAAAGAAAUUGAUAUUGCUGUAAAUUUUUGAUAUGAUAUUCCACAAUCUCUUUAGUUUAGGCUUAAACAUACAUUUAAAAAAAUCCAAAUGGAAAGCAAUUUUUGUUAUUUUGUAAAAAAAAAUAAAUAAAAAAUUGUAGUUUUGCUGUUAAAUUAGCAUUGCAUUAAAAAGUGUACUUUGAUUAAAGAGAUUAUUUUUCACUCA